AAAUGUAUAAAUUAUUAUUUUAGGUGGAGAUAAUGGACUGAAUGGCUGGCCUGGACGACAAGGAAUUAAAGGUAUAGUGUACACGAAUAAUAACUCUACUUCUAAAGAAAUGUUAUUUUCAACAGAUGAAGAUUUUCAACUAAAAAAUUAGAGAGUUUCAUUUGAGAAAGAAAAAUAAUUUUUCCUUUCCUAGACAUUAGUAUUUCACAAAACUUUAAGAGGAAAAAUAUAUAAAAAGAGAAAAUAGUCUUUUAUAACUAAAGUGUCGAUUGUUUUAUUUGCUCAUUGGUACUUUUAACAUACAUUUGAAAUUAUUUUAAUUGUAUUUUAGGUCGCCCAGGGCUUCCCGGAGAACGUGGUAUUCCUGGUUUUAAUGGCGCACCGGGUAAUCCUGGAUUACCAGGAAUGAAAGGAUUUCCAGGGGAUAGUGGUGAACCGGGUCUCAGUGGUGGAUAUAGUGCUCCUGGCUUGAAAGGUCAAUCAGGUGAUGUUGGAGAAGUUGGACUUCCCGGAGCCAAAGGCAUGCCGGGCGAUUUUGGACAAUAUGGUCCAAAAGGAUUUCCUGGAGAAGUUGGAUAUCCAGGUCUUCCAGGCACGCCGGGACUUCAAGGAAGAGAUGGUAAAUAUAAUUAG